AAUUGUAUUUAAAUUUAAAUAAUUAUGUAUAUUUUUGUUUUUCACUUUGACAUUUUGUGUUAUUCAAAGACUGUCGCAACACAUUAUCCUCUGAUCUAGCUUUACUUUGAAAGACAGCACUGGAAGCUCAGCUGGUUAUUUGGUCUGACUUGGCAUUAACAGGAGGGAGCUCCGAGCGGGCUGCGGAGGAUGUCGACCCCGCUGCGGGGACAAGCUCCGGGCGGGAUGCUUGUGUCCACACAGUCGCCCCGCACCUGGAGCCCUCGGCACCCAUGAGGUCCCCGCUGAUGAAGCCCCGAGCUGCCAGAGUGAGGCGGAAAGUGGCCGGAGACAGAGAGCAUGUGCUGGCGCGUCGGGUUCGCCUGGACGCGGUCGUGUGUGGUUGAUCUUGGCCAGAACCAGAGCUUCUCCUCCGGCCUGCCGGGCUCCGAUGAGCAGCUCUCGUUUUAUGGGUACAUCAUCGCCUACCCACUGCAGGACUGCGGCGGGAUCAUGUCAGCUUUGGGCUCGGACUCGUGGUGGCGGAAAACGCUGUAUUUGACUGGAGGGGCUCUGCUCGCUGCCGCUGCUUAUUUGCUGCACGAAUUGCUGGCCAUCAGAAAGGAGGAAGAGCUGGACUCUAAAGACGCCAUCAUACUCCACCAGUUCUCCAGGCCCAAAACUGGUGUCCCGUCCCUGUCCCCUUUCUGCCUUAAGAUGGAGACCUACCUCCGCAUGGUUGACCUGCCCUACCAGAACUACUUUGACGGGAAGCUUUCACCACAGGGGAAGAUGCCGUGGAUCGAGUACAACCAGGAGCAGGUAUGCGGCACCGAAUUCAUCAUCGACUUCCUGGAGGAGAGGCUGGGCACGAGCCUCAACAAGAGCCUGACGCCGCAGGAGAAGGCCAUGUCUCGCGCCAUCACCAAAAUGGUGGAGGAGCAUUUCUACUGGACCAUAGCUUACUGUCAGUGGGUGGACAACCUGGAGGAGACGCAGAAGAUGCUGUCAGUGAGCGGGCCGCUGAGUGACCUGCUCAAGUGGAUCCUGAGUCACGUGACUGGCGGGAUUGUCAAGAGGGAGAUGUACGGACACGGGAUCGGGCGGUUCUCCAAAGAUGAGGUUUACGCCCUGAUGGAGAAGGACAUGCGCACCCUGGCCACUCUGCUAGGUGAUAAGAAGUACCUUAUGGGCUCUAAGCUUUCAACAGUAGACGCUGCGGUGUUCAGUCACCUGGCCCCGGCUAUGUGGACGCUACCAGGAACACGGCCGGAGCAGCUAAUCAAAGGUGAGCUGAUCAACCUGGCCAUGUACUGUGAUCGCAUCCGCCGGCGAUUCUGGCCCGAGUGGUUCGUGGACCUGGAGGACUUCUGCUACAACGACGCCACAGAGGGCAGCGACUCGCCCUCCAAACUCCCUGAUCUGGGCCUCUACUCCGGCACGGACACUUUCCAGGAGGACAGCUUACACACGCCACACACUCACACACCGCAGGACCUGCCGUCGCCCGACAGCGACCCCACGGGCCACUCGCUGUAUGACUCUGACAUGGACACGGAGUGCUCUGAAAUAGACCAGCUCAAGUGUUGAC